GCGCGGCGCAAAGGCAUCCGGGGGCCACUUCACCUGUGGGAUGGUUUAACGGCGCGGGACCCGAAGCGCGCACACUGUUCUAAAAGAAAACUCUCUCUGCUCCUAAGCUGACAGAUCAUUCAAGUGGAAAGUUAGAAAAAGCAAGAGAAGCAAGUUUGAGGUGUCCUUGGUGCACUCCGGCAGGUUGGGUUGGAGCCGCCGCGCUGACUUGGUGACCCGGCGCAGCGCGCGCUUUAUGUGCUGCGUGUCCGACAUCCACGUCAACGACAGGACUUAAACCCUGCUGCGAGGAUGAUGUCCUACAUAAAGCAACCCCAUUACACCAUGAACGGGUUAAAUUUGCCCGGCCCCGGAAUGGAUAUGCUGCACACGACCAUCGCUUAUCCAUCCACUCCCCGGAAGCAGCGCAGGGAGCGCACCACCUUCACCCGGACUCAGCUGGACAUCCUGGAAGCGCUGUUCUCCAAGACGCGCUACCCGGACAUCUUCAUGAGGGAGGAGGUGGCCCUCAAGAUCAACCUGCCCGAGUCCCGCGUGCAGGUUUGGUUUAAAAACCGUCGUGCCAAGUGCCGUCAGCAGCAGCAGCAGAGCAGUGGGCAGUCCAAGCCCCGCCCACCCAAAAAGAAGGCCUCUCCGCUGCAGGAACCCAGCGCCCCUGAUCCAGUCUCUAACCCUCCUGGCUCCUACAGCCCCUCCUCGGGUCAGGCAGGACCCGGCCUGGUCCCGAGCUCCAGCACUGGAAACAGCGCUGUGUCCAUCUGGAGCCCGGCCAUCUCCCCCCUGCCCGACCCCCUGGCCUCCUCCUCGGCGCCCUGCAUGCAGCGGCCCUCCCCUUACCCCAUGAGCUACGGCCAGCCAUCGGCCUACUCCCAAGGCUACGCCAGCACCACCUCCUACUUCACCGGCCUGGACUGCAGCGCCUACCUGUCCCCCAUGCACUCGCAGCUGUCGGGCACCGUGGGCGCCCUGAGCCCCAUCACCGUGCCCUCGAUGGGGGGCUCUCUGAGCCAGUCCCCGGCCUCGCUAUCCUCGCAGGGCUACAGCACGGCCUCCUCCCUGGGCUUCACCUCUGUCGACUGCCUGGACUACAAGGACCAGCAGGCCUGGAAACUGGGCUUCACCACAAUGGACUGCCUGGAUCACAAGGACCAAAACUCCUGGAAGUUCCAGGUCCUCUAGAGAGGGGGUGGGGGGGGUCGUUCAUGGGCACCAACAAAGUCCCACGUGAGAUAGUGUGACUUGUUAUCUUUGAUUUUAUCUCUCUUUCUGUAAGAUUUUUGUUUUGUUUUCUAAUGGUCACCUGUGUAGGAAUGCGUUUCUGUGACUGGCUCUGGAGGACCAGUGAGCGUCAUCCAUGCUGCCUGACUGCAAACCAUCUGCUGCGUCUUCAUUCCUCAAUAAGGGAACACAAGCCUUUAAAGAGUUAGACCGAAUGUACCGGAGGAAACACACUGAGCCAUCGCUUCUUUCAACACAUACACACUUUAUUUUAAACUGGCAUUGUCAUAGAGUCAAAGUGGAGCUGCUGUGACGGGACGCAGCUCUGAAGUCCGUAUAGGUCACCUCCUCCUUCAGGGUUUAAUCAUUCUAAGCUACUAAUUGUUGAUUUAUGCUACAUUUAAAUGUCCUUUUGUUUGCGCUUAGAGCUUAGCAUUCGUGUUGCGUGUUGUCGUGUUACCCGUCAGUGUUAUCGUCCCAACCUGUUUGAUGGAGAAAAAAAAAAAGCUUUGUGACAUAUUAAAGUGAUCUAUUCUUUACACUUUGUGCACUGACAAUCAUUCA